AUGAAAACUACAACGAAGAGGAUUGUCCUUCGUGGGUUGUUACCCAUUCUUACCCGGGCGUUGAAUGCCCGCGAUAUUAUGAGCAACAAAAUCCCUGAUAUAAGCGAUCCUGACGAAUUUCCAUACUGUAUUUGGUACCCUGAAACCGCCACCGAGGUAACAUACCGCGCUCUGGCCGGUCGAUAUCCUCAAGUGAAAUACCUGAUUGGACGAGCCUGCGCUGUGGCUGGAUAUGUUGGCCUUUUCCAUGAACUUGACCUCCUUCCUCAGUUUCAUAUUGCUGAAGAAGCACGAGAGAAUCAGCAAUGGGAGAUUAAUGAUACGAUCAUGAAGGCUGACAUUCGUUUUAAUGCCAUGAAUGAUUAUACACUGACUGUCUUCAGCCAGCCUAUCAAGGGAUGCCUUAAUGGUGAUACUGCGGUAAGAGCAUACCUGGAUAUCAAGACCAAGUUUAAGGCUCCUCCUGACUUGGACGAUCUUUUGUACGAUGGUGGUCGGAGGACAAGUCACUUUGAUAUCACAGAAGACGACCCAAUCAAUGCUCGUUUCAUCAUGAAUAAUGACCUCUCGCGGAUCACACCAGAAACAAAACAUCUCCCAUACUGCAUUUGGUAUACAUCAGUCCCACAUCCUUCAACCUGCAAGGAGCUCUUCCGUCGCGUGCCGUCCAUGAAGCCUGCAAUUGCAAGAGCUUGCAUUCUUGCCAAUUUCCCGGAGACCUGGGACUUACUAGACGCAGACCCCGAUGAAAACUCGAUGAUGGAUGCACGACAGAGCCACAACCCUAAAUAUCUCCGCGAUCUUGAGUCGAAGAUUCCAACACGUGGAUGCCGCCAGUUUCAUGGAUCAAAGUUCCGCGUCGUACCCCGUCAUUGUAUGUUUGACUAUACUAGCAUUGACCCGACCACGAACGUCAGCCACAAUCCAUGUACUGAUUACCUUGUUGGCGUCCCAUACAAUGGGAGGCCUGCAAGCAUGGCACAAAUUGAGCUCACCGCAGCUCUGCCUCACGAGAUGAAGAAACUUAUAAAAGAGCUCUGGGAAAGGGACUACACAACCUUGACAUUUGACGACGAAUACUAUGCAUCCUUGAGAAACAAGGGCAGCCAAUAG